AUGCAGCACUCGCAAUUGGCCCCGCUUCCCAGCGACGUGCCGUUCCGUAUUGUAUCCAAAACAAUCGGCCAGGGCGCCUAUGCUUGUAUCAAAAAGGCCUGCCCGGUGGAUUCCGACAACCCUGUCUUCGCCGUCAAAUACAUUAACAAGGACUACGCGGCGCGUCAUGGGAAAAUCAGUGCGCGCCAGCUAAAAUUGGAAGUCACCGUACAUCGACACGUUACGGGCCAUAAUAACAUCAUUAGCUUCUAUCAGACUGGCGAGGAUGAUGUCUGGCAGUGGAUCGCAAUGGAGCUGGCCGAGGGCGGCGACCUCUUCGACAAGAUCGAAGCCGAUGAAGGUGUUGGGGAAGACAUUGCCCACGUGUACUUUUCGCAGCUCGUCAGCGCUGUGAGCUUCAUGCAUUCCAAGGGCGUGGGCCACCGUGACAUCAAACCCGAAAACAUGCUCUUGACAUCCGACGGAAAUCUGAAAAUAGCGGACUUCGGCCUGGCCGCGCUGUUCGAAUACAAGGGAACCAGGAAACUCUCAUCGACCUUUUGUGGCAGCCCUCCUUAUAUUGCCCCAGAGGUGAUUACCUCCAGUACACGAGGUCAGAACAAGGGACCGGGUUACCACCCAGACUUGGUGGACAUCUGGUCUUGCGGGAUCGUCCUUUUCGUCCUAUUAGCGGGAAACACGCCAUGGGACAGCCCAACUGAUGAGAGUUACGAAUUUCACGAAUACCUCGCAACAAACUCACGAACUACCGAUGAACUAUGGCAGAAACUACCUCCAGCUACUCUUUCCUUAAUGCGCGGCAUGUUGACCGUAGAUCCCAAGACACGGUUCUCACUCGAAGACGUACGGAGACACCCUUGGUAUACACGAUCAAAUAAAUACCUGUCCUCGGAUGGCAAGCUACGAGACCCGAUCAAUCUCGCCACUUCCAUGUUUGAGUCACUACAUAUCGACUUUAGUCAAGACCCUCUAUCGCAGAAACGCAAGGGCGCCAGUCGAAGCUUCGACGCAAUGGAUAUGGAUAUGGACGAUAAUGCUGAUGUUUCCUUGGGCCUAUCUUCCACACAGCCAGAGAUGGCAGGUGGGGUGGUGAUGGACUGGGAUACUCCACACCUGGCCUCCGAGUUCUCAUCUACCCAGCCUGCUGGGAAACAAUUUGCGUCCCAAGGUAUGGCGAUGAGCAGUCAUCUAGAGGAUGAACCCUCUAUGUCUCAGUUCUCGCAGCAGCCAUCUGUUCCCGUGAGCCGAACACAAAAUGCCCAGAAAUUCCAAGAUAUCAUUCCAUCUCGCUCCAUGACACGCUUCUACUCUGCUUGGGAGCUCAAGCUCUUGGUUCCCUUGAUCUGCGAGGCUCUUCACCGGUUGGGUGUUCCAGUCCCCUCAAUUCCUGCAGUCACUGCCGGUGAUUCAUCUGCCAUGAUUCGAGUGAUUGCCAAAGAUGGCCGAAUGUGCCCUCUCCAAGGCAAGGUCCUUAUUGAGUGUGUCUCUGAGGGUGUUUUCGAAGUUGAAUUCGUCAAGAUCAAGGGUGAUCCCUUGGAAUGGCGGCGAUUCUUCAAAAAGGUUGUGAUUCUUUGCAAAGACGCUGUGUUCAAGCCCGAUGAAUAG